AUGGCAUCGGAAGGAGAAGAAACUCAGCAGCCACAGCUUGUUCUCGCCGACAAGCUUUUUCUCCUCAAACAACCCGAUGUUCAAGACAUUGACAAAGUUGGAUUCAAGGAGGAUGUCUUCACAUUCGUCAAGGAUCACGAUAUGGUCCCUUUAUACGAAACCCUAGUUGCCGAUUCGGUUUUGGACAUGGAUCGUGCGCUCUUGGACUCUAUGCGUGCUAAAAUUGACGAUGAGCUUAAGAAGCUUGACGAAAAGAUUGCUGAUGCCGAGGAAAACUUAGGCGAGAGUGAAGUCCGCGAGGCUCACUUGGCAAAGUCCUUGUUUUUCAUCCGGAUUGGGGACAAGGAGAAAGCCCUGGAACAUCUCAAGUUAACAGAAACCAAGACUGUUGCAGUGGGCCAGAAGAUGGACUUGGUGUUUUAUACGCUGCAGCUUGGUUUCUUUGACAUGGAUUUUGAUCUAAUUUCCAAAAGCAUUGACAAAGCUAAAAGCUUGUUUGAAGAAGGUGGAGAUUGGGAGAGGAAGAACAGACUGAAAGUGUAUGAAGGCCUAUACUGCAUGUCCACUAGAAAUUUCGAGAAGGCUGCAACAUUGUUUUUGGAUUCUAUCUCCACCUUUACAACCUAUGAACUUUUUCCAUAUGACACCUUUAUAUUUUACACCGUUUUGACAAGCAUCAUAACACUGGAUAGAGUUUCCUUGAAGCAAAAGGUAGUGGAUGCUCCUGAGAUCUUGACAGUGAUUGGCAAGAUCCCGCAUCUGUCAGAGUUUUUGAACUCCCUAUAUGAUUGUCAAUACAAGUCUUUCUUCUCAGCAUUUGCUGGCUUGACGGAGCAAAUUAAGUUGGAUCGCUAUUUGCAUUCACACUUCAGGUAUUACAUGAGAGAGAUCAGAACUGUGAUUUAUUCCCAGUUUUUGGAAUCUUACAAGAGUGUGACAAUUGAAGCAAUGGCAAAAGCAUUUGGAGUAUCAGUGGAUUUCAUUGAUGUGGAGCUAUCACGUUUUAUUGCAGCUGGGAAACUUCAUUGCAAGAUCGAUAAGGUUGCAGGCGUUCUUGAAACCAACCGCCCUGAUGCCAAGAAUGCUCUUUACCAGGCAACUAUUAAGCAAGGGGACUUCUUGUUGAACAGGAUUCAGAAAUUGUCGCGUGUGAUUGAUCUUUAG